UUCAUUUUCAUUCUCAUUUUUAUAUAGAUUACUGAGAUACUACUGCUUCUGUGAAUCACUCCAUGAGACGCCAUGCACCAAAACACUAUGUGAGAUCUACCCAGCUUUUGUCACUUGUCACUGGGGUCUCUACAUUAGCAUAGUUGCACCAUGCCAGCCCACCCGGUCUAUGCUGUUGGGGGUCUGUAUCCCAGGCGCCGUCAACAGGUCUUCAAAGACAAUGGCAAAAACCUCAUUUCAGGGGUAGUGAGCAUUGUAGUGAUAGUGGUUGUGUGCGCUUGUAUGAGUCAGCCACAAUGGUUCUGGCUUGAUGGUGGGGGUUGUACCACCCAUACCAUUGGUCUCUAUCUCUUCUUCCAUCCAGGACACUUUCAGCCGGUCGAGGGGAAGGAUGUUGGCUCAUCCAUGUCACAUGUCAUCUAUUACACAAAUGGUGAAGAGUUGAAGUUUUGUGUGACACCAGAAAUUGUGGCACUGAUGCGAAUUGUCAUAGGAUUGAUCUUUAUGAUGAUUUGCUCUUCAUUAGUGCAGAUGUUGCUGGAUAUAAGUGGCCCCUCGGGUAGUAUCAUGAAAUGUUUCAGAAAAAAUGCUGUAGCGGGUAUAUUUUCUGUGUUGGUUUGUGUUGUGUGUGUUGGAAUGUGCUACUACAUCACUACCUUGAUUGAGACUCAGCAGGAAGCCACUAAGCCUGUCAUUGGUCCCUUGGCUGUGGCUCGUGUACAGGUCAAGCUGGAUGUUGGUUUUUAUCUUCUUAUAUUUGCAGGUGGUAUGUCAGUUUUAGCUGUGGGUUGUAGUUGGCUUCGACCAGUGCACCUGUUCCAGGAGACAGAUUCUGCUCCUCUGAUGGAGGACUGGGGUGGCCUUGAAGGAUUAGAAACCUUUUCAGUCCCACCUGGAAGUUCAUUGGCUUCUCACAUCCCAUACUUAAGUGAUCUGGAGCCUCCGCCACCAGUGGAAGGGCAUCCACCCCCUCCAUAUACUCCAUAACUGGCGUAGUGUGUACAGUAUCCUAUACUGAACAAUUUGUUUAUACUUUAUUUAUAUUACUGAGGUAUAUUAUAAUAUAGCAACAUUUAUUUGUCUAAGUGGAACUACUAUAUGAUGCAGAUAAUGAUAAUACAAAAUACUAAAGUGGGUCUGAAUGACAUACUGCUGACAGUAUUGAAGAAAAGACACAUUGCAUAACAAACUUGGAGUGGAACUGUUUUGCUCUGUGUAGAGCUUUAACAAGUAUCGUCCUGGUAAAGAUCUAAUGUAGUGUUCUAGUAAGAGCUUUUUCUGCAACUUGUAAUUUUUUCAACAAACACUGAUUGAUACUAUCUUUUCAAUAAGUGUGUCAGGACUAUAAUGGUAAUGGGCAUGUGGAUGCAUACACAUCAUAUGUUAGUAUUACUUUAUUUUAUGCUAACAUAAAUGGUAAGCUGUUCAUUUUUUUGUGCAGUGGCCAGAACCAUACAAUAAUUAGGAGCUGGCAUUUAUGGGUCAAUAUGUCAUUUUUGUAGAUAGCAAAAAAAGAAAAGUCUGAAUAUAGUAUUUGAAAUACAGUGGUACCUCGGGAUACGAAUUUAUUUUGUUCAAGAAGGCUGUUCAAGUGCCAAUACUGAACGAAUUUGUUCCCAUAAGGAAUAAUGUAAAGUAGAUUAAUCCGUUCCAGACCCCCAAAAAUACAUAUACAAAAGCGCUUACAUAAAUACACUUACACAAUUGUUCGAGUUUUGAGCUGUUCGUAUCCUGAGGUACCACUGUAGGUGCCUUUUUUACGAGAAGCCUUUGGGGAUUUAGCAGUACUGUAUUCUCGAUAAUUACAUUCAUGAGGAGAGUGCUACACCCAUAAGGGUCAUACAGUAUGUUGGGAAGUGACAGUCAUUCAUGCUCGAUUCAAGAAAUUGGCACAUUGGUCCAAUUCCUUAGAGUAAAAGUCCCUCACCAUCAGCAUUAAGGAACUUCUUUUGAGGGGAUUGCACUGAAAUGUAAAGUAACAUUGUCUCCCCAAAGAGGAUCAUACCCUGAACUAUAGGGUUGCUAGGCCAGUAUUUAUACUAAGUUUAUCAGUUAUAACAUUUUCUUUAGAACACAGAAGCUAGGUCUUAUUGUUAAAAUCGUAGGAAAACACUAAACCUGUAGGGUAGUAAGGAAGGUAUCAGCUUGAUUUGAGGAAGAGGGUGACUUCCAUUACUCAGAUAAAGAUAUUAGCACCAACAUUGUCACUCCAUUGAACAGAGGCUAAGUAUGCCAAUAUGCUUGUUCCCCCCACCUAUUACUGGUUUUGUUAUAACCCAGGAAAUGGGUUUAAUCCCAAGAUGUUUUAUUAUUUUUGUGUUUAAAUAGAAUUCCACUUUAAUCUUUUUCUUUUAUGCAUUAACAUACAUUACAUAUAUGAAAAUUUUUUUAGGAGAAAGUGUUAAAAAUAAUUGUUAAAAUUGAGUGUUAUGUUAGUCUUUGCUUCCUUUUCUCAAUAGAUGUCAUGAAUAUAACAAAGGAAUGCAUUCUAUUUAUUUUAUAUUUGGAAGCAUGUAAGACCUUAUUUUUGGUAACCACGUCUUUUAAAGCAAGGAUUUAUAAUAGAAAUUAAUUCCCAAAUAUGCUAUGGCUAGGUUCCUAAAUAAUUGCAUGUUUUCAUGGUAAGGUCUAAACCCAGGGCUGUGUGACUCUUUCGAGUUUAGCACUAAAAGUAAUUUGAUUGUUAUUAAAUAUAUAGGGGUCCUACAUAACCUGGCAACUGGGAGGUAAUCAGGUUUGACGCUAAACCUAGUUCUGAUUCCUUGGAUGAAGAGUUGCUCACCAGCAUUUUUCUGAAGGCAGAAAAUACCAUAAUACAGUAUCCUCAGAUUUUCUUAUGCCUCAAUUGUUCUAUUUCUCUGCCUCUUCAGUUCAUGACCUUAGAAACCAUUUUCAUAAAUUUGGGUUUAUGGGUUAAUGAGCUACAUUACAAUGCUCUGUAAAUCUUCACAAAUGUAGAUGUAAAAACUUUAAUAAAUAAAUUAUAUAUUAAUAAAAAAAUUAUAUAUUUUUUAAUGUUCUGGCUGUCUCCCUUUGAGGUCCUCUUCAAGAGGGGCUCCUUGAUGUGGCAAAGAGGCUCUUUGUCUAAGGAAUUAAACCCUUUGGUCUGCUUCCUCAGACAGAACCUAAGUACCCCCCAAUCCUCCCUUCUCUAUUCCAUCCCCAUCCUUUCUCCCCCCUUUCCUCCUCCCUCCCUUUUCCCCAUCACGUAUGUAGCCUCAGGUCCUCCCAUCUGGCAUUACGGUUUCUAGGUAGAGGGAAGUUUGCUGGGGUUCAUCUCACUCCAUGGGGUCCAUCAGGGGUGGUGUAGUUUGCCAUGGAAUCUGAAUUGUCUGGAGGUGCCCUGCUCCCUUCCCGGAUCUCCGAGAAGUGGGCGGGGUGUCCUACAGAUGAUGGGUAUAUCUCCAAAGGCUGCCUGUCUGUUCUGGGAGGUGACAUCAUUGGCUUGGCAUCCCUCGUUUAAAACGAGGGAUGUCAAGCCAAUGAUGAUCCUUUUCAAAUCCCUUCUCUCUAGGCUGGAAUACUGCUGUACAUUAACAUCUCCGUUCAAAGCAGGUGAAAUUGCAGAUCUAGAGAGUGUACAGAGAACCUUUACUGCACGUAUAAGUUCUGUCAAGCACCUUAACUACUGGGAAUGCUUGGAAGCACUUGACCUGUACUCGUUGGAAUGCAGGAGAGAGAGAUAACAUAAUCUACACUUGGAAAAUCCUGGAAGGAAUGGUCCCAAAUCUGCACACAGAAAUUACUCCCUACGAAAGUAAAAGACUGGGCAGCAAAAUAUCUCCAGUUAAAAGUAGGGGCACCACUGAUACACUGAGAGGAAACACAAUAAGUGUCCGGGGCCCAAGACUGUUCAACAGCCUCCCACCAAGCAUUAGGGAAAUUACCAAUAAACCCCUGGCUGCCUUCAAGAGAGCUGGACAGAUACCUAAAGUUAGUGUCGGAUCAGCCGGGCAGUGGUUCAUACGUUGGACUGCGUGCGGCCAGCAGUAACAGCCUGGUUGACCAGGCCCUGAUUCAUGGGGAGGCCUGGCCAUGGAGGCAUUGAUCCCCGGAAUAACUUCCAGGUAGACUCCAGGUAAGGGAGGGAGGGAAUAUGAAGGAAGUGAAUGUAUUCACGUAUUUGGGAGUGGACUCCUCAGCAGAUGGGUCUAUGAAAGAUGAGGUGAAUCACUGAAGUGAUGAAGGGAAAGAGGGGUCUGUAGAGACAAAGAAUGUUAUCCAUGGAAACAAAGAGGGGAAUGUACAAAAGUAUAGUGGUAUCAAUGCUCUUAUAUGGGUGUGAAGCAUGGGUGGUGAAUGUUGCAACAAGAAAGCUGGAGGUAGUGGCAUGUCUGAGGGCAAAGUGUGGUGUAAAUAUAAUGCAGAGAAUCUGUAACUUGAAGAUCAGGUGGUGGUGUGGGGUUUCUUAAAGUAUUAUCCAGAGGGGUUGUUGAGGUAGUUCAGACUUUUAGAGAAGAGGGAACAAAGUAGAAUGACUUGAAGGGCAUAUAAAUCUGUAGUGGGAAGGAAGGCAGAGCAGGGGUUGUCCUAGGAAAGGAGUAAAGGUUUUGUGUGAGGGGCUUGGACUUCCUGCAAAGACGCAUCAAUAGUGGUGUCUCAAUAACUUAUUUUGAGUCAGGGGAGCUGUAAAGCUUUAUUAGUGAAAAUAAUGUAGAUGACUGAGAUGACAGAUUUAACAUACCCCUGCUACUGAACUGCCAGACUUGACCUUAACCCUUUCAGGGUCGCCAGGCCCUCUCCGAGACUUGUUCUCAGGGUCGCCCAAAUUUCAAAAAAAAAAAAAAAAAAAUCUUUUCCCAAUCAUAUUAUUAUUAUAAUCAAGGGGAAGCGCUAAACCCGAUAGAUUAUACAGCACCUGGGGGGGGGAUGUGGAAGGCAUUCAGGCUUAAUUUGGGGAACUGGAGCACAGAUCCAAUUCCCUAAAUCAAGAGCCCCUCACCAACAUCAAGGAACCUCCCUUGAGGGGUUCCCAAUCAUAAUGACACCAAAAGUAUGAAAUUUGAUGGAAAACUUAAGGAAUUAUGCUCUCGCGAAGUUAGCGGUCUCGACGAUGUUUACGCAUCGGCGAUUUUGCCCACUUUGAGCUCUAUUUUCGGCCAAUUCCAGUGUACUAGUCGACAAAAAUCAUGACUAUUUCGCUAGAACUCCAUUUUUUCUAUCGAAUGAAUACAAGAAACCACCCAUUCGCUGAUUUCAACUAUCCUAUAAAGUGGUCAGAAUUCAGCAAUUUUGCCAAUUUCACACAAAUUUCAAAAGAUGCCAAUUUCUGAAUAGGGUUCAGAAUAAACAAGAAAGACAUUCCUGGCACUAAAAUAAGCUCUCUGUUCGUUAGUCACAUCCCCAGGCCCCUCUUAUAUUUCUUUGGCUUUCCACUUUGAAUUUUUAUUCUUACAAAAAUAGAAGAUUUAGUGUUAUGCAGACUACUGCAUUAGUGUAGAAAUGGUAUAAAUAAUAUCAGCGCACUUGUGAAAGAAUAUUAGACUCACCAGUUGACGUGUAUUGGACACUUGGCAUGAUUUGUUUACUUUUGAACUUUGGUAAAAAUCUAACAUUUCUGCUACUUUGAGCUCAAUUUCAAGGUACUUUUCAUUGUAAAACCAGUCAAAAUCAUCUCAAUUUCUGUAACAUGUCUUCCAUUCUAUAAAAUGAGACCAGGAAAACUAGAAUACAACCAUAAAUACCAUACAAAAAUGCAGUGCAAAGUCGCUGUUUUAACCCUUUCAGGGUCCAUCCCGUAGAUCUACGGCUUUAUGUUCAGGGUCCAAACUGUAGAUUUACGCCAUGAGCUCAGCUCACUCUGAUAAACUGUGAGUGGUAAAUUUGGGCCUAGAUAUGAGAGAAUACAUCUAUGUGGUAUGUGUGCACCACAUAAAACAAAUCCUGCAGCACACUGUGUAUGAGAGAAAAAAACGAGACCGUGAUUUUCGAUUAAACCAGCGACUUUGCAGUGUUUAGUUUUUUUUUUAAUAGUUGUAUUUGCGAUUUCUCGGUCUCAUUUGAUAGAAUUGAAGACAUAUUACAGAAAUAGAGAUGAUUUUGAUUGGUUUUAGCACUGGAAAUGGCUUGAAACUGAGCUCAAAUUAGUGGAAAUGUUAAAUUUUGCCGAUGUUCAAGAGUAAACAAACGACCUCACACGUCUAAUACACGCCAGCUGGUGGGUCUAAUAUACAUUCACAAAUGUGGUGAUGAUAUUUAUACAUUACAAUAUUGCAUAACAGUAUAUCUUCUAUUUUUUAGUGUGAAUAAAAAUUCAUUAUGUGAAUAAAAAAUCAAAAUGGAAUUUAUUUGUAAAGCCUCAAAACAUAACUAAUGAACAGAGGAAAUGUUAGUUUAGUGCCAGGAAUACCUACAUUGUUUAUUCUGGACCCUAUUUUGAAAUUGGAAUAUUUUGAACUUUGUGUUAAAUUGGCCAAAUUACCAAUUUCCGAUCACUUUAUUUUGUAGUUGAAACAAUUGACUUGGCGAUUUCUUGUGCUCAAUCGAUAGAAUAGAAGUAAUACUAGUGAAAUAGCUAAGAAUUUGGUCGACUGUAAUAAUGUAAUUGGCCUAAAAUGGGAGUCAAAGUCGGCAAAAUCGCCGAUUCGUAAAUAUCGCUGACACAUCAAAAUUCGUAAGAGCAUAAUUUCGUCAAUUUUCCAUCAAAUUUCGUACUUUUUGUUUUAUUACCUUCACAAAAAGAUUCUCUACCAUUUCAUAAGAAAAAAUAAUUUUUUUUUUUUAAAUUCUUGGGCACUGGGGGCACCACUUCAGAUUUUGGCCCUUUACCCUGAAAGAGUUAAUUGAAAAACAUGGUCAAAGUUUUUUUUUUUUUUCUCAUUACGCACUGUGUGCUGCAGGAUUUUUUUUAUACUGCGCACACUGACAACAUAGACCCAUUCUUUCAUAUGUAGGCCUACCAGCUUUCUCUCACUAGAUUUGAGGGCGCUAGAAUUUAGGCGUACUAGUACGUCAAAAACCCUGGGGCGUAAGCCGUACUAGUACAGCCGAAACCCUGAAAGGGUUAAUUAAUUAGUUUCUUUUGAACACUGAGAACCACAAGUUGUCUCUUGGCAUCAUCAAUUGUAUUAAAAGUCACUGCUAAUUGCACUUUACUUAAAAUAUUAAUAAAGUCAAACAACAUGCUUUAAAUCCAGGUAAAAUUUAGAGAAUGUAUGACGAGUGUGAGAGUAAGUACAAAGUGGCAUGCGUCUAGGACAAACAUCGGUGUUAGCAGACUUGGCCCGAUACUUCAGAAGAUAACUGGACACUGUCGCUAGGUAAUGUGGAAUUAUUAUUCUUCUUACAACAAACCGGCCAUAUCCCAUCGAGGCAAGGUGACCCAAAAGAAAAAACAAAAGUAUCUCCUUUUAAAUUUAGUACCAUAUAUAAAAGGGGUUAAAAUGUGGAUUUAUGGACUAUUAUUUGUUUUGUCUGAUAGAGCAUUUGUCUGGCCAAUGUUUUUGUCUGAAAUUGCAGAAAUCUGUUAUUUAGGGGGUUUUCUGUAUUGUUUAACAAGGCUCUAUGAAACUAUUUUGAUUAAUAUUGUGGGUAGCAUUUAUUUCUCAAACACAAUAAACAACUCCACCCCAUCUUUUAUUUAGGCAAGUUAUGUCUGGUAAAAGUUCAUUUGCAUAUAAAGCUUAUACCUGCUAUAAAACACAAGUUGCUACCAUAACAAAGACAGCCUUCCAUAUCUGUUUGAAUGUACAAAGCAUAUGUGCAACAUAACAGCAUUUAACAGUUAUACACAUGACCUUAACAUUCCCUCAUUCUGAAGGUAUUUCACAGCAUUUAUGAAAUAAUUGUGUAGUUAUAUGAGCUUGAUACAAGCAAAUGUUUGAUAAAACCAAGGACAGGAUAGUAGAAAUUCUGAAAUGAGAAUGAUUUUGAGCCAAUUGUGUGCAGCAGCAAUGCUGUUAACUUAUCUGUAUAAUUAUUCAAAUGUCAUCUUUCUUUGCUCUUGAUUCAAGGCAGGAAAGUGCUGAUACAAUAAAUUCCAGGGGCAAAAAUAAAAUAUCUUUAGUUAAACCUCUGUUGUGAUGAAAAGAUUGAUGUAUGAAAUGGAGUUUUAUGAAGCUGAAACUGUACAAAGUAUAUAGGGAUUACCUUCACAUGACUGAAGAGAGAGAACUAAAUACAGUACUACUGUACAAGCAUAUCUAUUUCUCUCUCUUCAGGUAGUGAAAUACCAUAAUCUGGACCAAGUCCAGAGAUCUUCAGUAUCCAUAUGCUAUCCUCAUUUCUACAGCAUUGUAAAUACUAUAAAAUUUUGCACAAAGAAACUAUCCUGUUUAAAGUGUAUUAACAAAUAAUUGUGUUCGGUAAAAUGGAGACCUAACAUGUUAACUGUUGUCACUGGACAAAAUUUUGAAGGCUAUAUACAUCUUCAUGGCCCCUUUCCUUAUUUAGUUCCCAUUAUUAUCCAGCUAAUUAGUUUGGGUUUCAAUACUACUUGUUUUUAGUUUACACUGAUUGGUACUGAGGUUUCUGUAUAAUACUGGUGCCAUGGAAACAAACUUUUGCAUAAAUUAUAAAUGAUGAUGCGAUGGCCUAAAUAAACGUUUAGUAUGAACAACACAAGUUAAAUAAAAAUUAGAAAUAAA